UGAGAAAAAAGAUAAGCUUCCAGAAAAUCCCAUCUCCUCUGCCACUCUGCGUGCCUCCAUCCGUUCUCUGUCUCCAUUCCGUCGUCACAGCUGGGAGCCAGGAAGGAAUGCCACUGGAGAUAUUGACAUGGCAAAGCACAGUUCCUUGAAGAGCCUGUCUGGAGAGGUGAAGAGAGCCAAGCCCCCCCUUCACAGGAGAAGUAUGAGUUGGUGUCCAUCCAACCUGCGUCGUCCUGAUCAAGAACAAAUAGACAACAGAAGCUACAGUCUGGAGGGUCUGGUGGUGGAGCAGGGAGCAGUCCAAGCAGCAUGCCCCAAUCUCAGUGAUCAAGAUGAGAGGACCGUUGGUAGGAGUUUACGCCUGGACAACCAGCAGAGAGGCUCACUGGUCUCCCUCACUGAGGAGGAACAAGAAGGAGAUGGAAUCCACAUUGAUAGUCAGACAUCUUGCCAGGUCCUGUCCAUGACAAACCGCUGUCCUCCCAUGUUCCAUCACCCAACCCUCACCAAAUCCAUCUCAAUGGUUGCCAUCAGUCACCGUGAUAUAGAUGGGGCCAGCUCAUUCUCCAGUAACUCUGGAUCACUGGAAUACAGUAUUUCAGAGGAGGAGCCAGGCCCGCUGAGGAGUGACACUGAGGGAAGAGGAGGUGCCAAAAUCAGUCGGACAUUUAGCUACCUCCGCAGCAAGAUGAGCAAGAAAGGAAAGGAGAAGGAGAAGGAGAGGAGAGGAGAGAAGGAACGAGAGAGUAAGGACAGAGAAAAGAAGAGUGCAAACGGUCACGUCUUCAUCCCAGUCAGUCCCUCUCCUGCCGCUGUGUGUCAGCACUGUAUCAAACCUCUGCACAUGAAGGAAGCCUUCCUCUGUAACAACUGCGGUGUAAAUGUCCAUAAGAGCUGCAGAGAGAGUCUGGUUGUGUGUAUCAAGAGCAAAACUAAGCAGCAGUCAUUGGUGCCAGAAGCUGCUCCUGGAUCAGCUGUUAAUCUGAGGAGUAAAUCUACAUCUUCAGCGUCUUCUAUUUCAUCAACAUCGUCCUCGUCAUCACGGGAGCGUUGGUCUGCGGUAACUACCCCUGAUGACCAGAUUCCUGUUGUAUUUCCACGGAGACACCCAAGCAUCUUUAACUCACAUAGCAACCUGGCCAAGAGCAUCUCCACCAGCAACAUAGCAGGGUUAGAAGACGUCUCACUGAAAGGUUUGAAGUCUCUGUCACAGUCCACUGACUCUCUUCAUCAAGGGAGCAAAGUGAAUGCCUCGACUGAGUCACUCACUGAUGAAGGUACUGAGAUGAUGGACAGUCAGCUGAUGGGAGAGUUUGAGUGUGAUGUCAAAGAUCUGGAGGCUGAUUCUUGGAGUGGUACAGUGGAUAAGAAGUUUUUGAAAACUCUGAAGAAAGAUGAAAUCAAGAGACAAGAUGUAAUCUAUGAGAUGUACCAGACAGAGUUCCACCAUGUGAGGACACUGAAGAUAAUGUCUGAAGUUUAUUAUAAAAACAUUCAGAAAGACUUACAACUGGACACUCUCACCCUGGACAAGAUUUUCCCAGUUUUGGAUGAUCUGUUGGACAUACAUACACAGUUCCUCACCCUGCUGCUGGAGCAGAAGAGAGCUUCAUCAGCUGAGGGACAGAAUAACAACAGCUUCCUCAUCUGCAGCAUUGGAGAGGUCCUGGUCAAACAGUUUUCAGGCUGCGGUGCUGAUCGUAUGAAGAAAGUUUAUGGGAAGUUCUGCAGUCGCCACAAUGAAGCUGUCAACCUCUACAAAGACCUGCAUGCUAAAGAUAAACGCUUCCAGGCUUUCAUCAAGAAGAUGAUGAGCAGCAGUAUUGUUCGAAGGCUCAGUAUUCCAGAGUGCAUUUUAUUGGUCACCCAGAGGAUCACCAAAUACCCUGUUCUCAUCCAGAGGAUACUCCAGCACACCAGAGAUACAGAUGAAGACCACAGCUAUGUUUCAGAAGCACUGCGGUGUGUGAAGGAGCUGAUCACUGCUGUGGACAGCAAAGUCAAUGAGCAGGAGAAGAAGAAGAGACUGAGGGAGGUCUACAGUCGCACUGACAGUAAGUCCAUCAUGAGGAUGAAGAGCGGUCAGAUGUUUGCUAAAGAGGACCUGAUCAGAGGGAGGAAGCUGCUGCAUGACGGAGCGCUGCAACUGAAAAACUCAGCCGGGCGUCUCAAAGAUGUCCAAGCCAUGCUCCUGUCUGAUGUCUUGGUCUUUCUUCAAGAAAAAGACCAGAAAUAUGUCUUUGCCUCAUUGGAUCAACGUUCUACAGUAAUCUCUCUACAGAAUCUGAUAGUCAGAGAAGUUGCUAAUGAGGAACGAGGUCUGUUUCUUAUCACAGCUGGUAUAGAGAGACCAGAAAUGGUGGAGGUACUGGCUAGCAGCAAAGAGGAGCGCAUCACAUGGAGGGCCAUUAUACAGGAUGCCAUGCAUUGCAUGGAGAAAGAUGAGGACGAGGGCGUUCCCAGUGAGACAGAGGAGGACAGGAGGCAGCAGGAGAACAGAGCAAAGGAGAUCCGAGAGGUUUUACGAAGAAAAGAUGAACAGAUUAUCUCCUUAUUGGAGGAGAAGGUCCACAUCUUCAGAGACCUGGGUGACUGUAACUCCAUCCCUGAUGAUACAAAUUCACAAAUCAGGGAGCGCAUGUUAUUCAGGGCCACACCUGAUGAUGUCACAAAGGGGGAGCCAAUCAUAAAGGAUGCCCUGAGAGAAGUGGAGACCCUGCAUGCUUUUUUGAACAGUGGUGUUGGUGGAGCAGGCUGCAGUAUUCCAGUGGGCCUGACAGGGGGCAGCAUGGGUGCAGUUAGUCUGCCAAGGAGAGCAGAGACAUUUGGAGGCUUUGACAGUCAUCAGAUGAACAGCAGCAAGAAUGGAGAGAAGGAAGAGGGAGAUGAAUCACUAGACCUCCGCAGGACUGAGUCAGACAGUGUGUUAAAGAAGGGAGCCACUGCAAGCCUACAGAUGUUGCUGAAGAGAAACAAUGAGCAGGUCCAGCACAGUGUGACACAUCUUCAUGACCUGCUGAUUUCACUGGAGGCCGUGGUGCUGCAGCAGGACUCCUUCAUAGAGGACCAGAGGCAGGCCCUGAACGAGCGGCUCACUGCCAACUCCUCCAGACACUCCUCUUCCUCCUCGCUCUCAUCCUCUUCCUCCUCGCGCCCCUCCUCCCUCAUCGAGCAAGAGAAACACAGGAGUUUAGAGAGACAGCGACAGGAGGCUGCCAGCCUGCAGAAACAACAGGCUGCUCAUCAGGAAGAAAAGCGGAGGAGAGAGAAGGAAUGGGAGUUGAAGGAGAAAAGUCUGGCAGAACGGGAGGCAAGGCUGAGGGAUGAGGAAGAGGAGAACGACAGGAGGCGUCAGGAGCUGGUGGAGGAGAAAGACACACUGCAGAGGAAGAAAGACGAAUACCAGAGAGAUCUAGAGAGACUGAGAGAGGCACAGAGGAGGCUGGAGAGAGACAGGGAGGCCCUGAAGAGAGACACUGAGAGACUGGAGAGCAUGAAGAGAAAUGAGUCGGAGCAUCUUCAUAGGUACCAGCGGACCCCUUCCACCACCUCUGAAGAAUCAAUAAGGUUCCACAGCUCUGGGUCCCUGGAUCUGGAUUCCAAAGAAGCAGAACAAUCAAAAGAGGUGGAGCUCUCAUCCUCUGCUCCAGUCAAAGAACCUUUCCUCCGCAUCGGAUCCAAGAGGAUGGGCAAAAAUUUCAACCCCUUCUCCUCGUCCUCAUCCUCUAAGAGUCAGGGGGCCGAGAAGGACUCCCAGCUCCCCAACAGACUGCUCCAGCUGGCUAAACCCAAGGAGAAGAAAGACAAAAAGAAGAAGAAGGGGAAAGGAGGAGAGCAGGCACAGACAGAAAGCAAAGUCAAAGUGGUGUCAGAUCCUCAGAAUGAUGGAGACAUCUUCUUCUGCUGAGGAUGAGGACAAGGACACAGGAACGACUAACCUCUGUAAGGAAGCUGACAGCUGGCCAGUGCAGCAGACCACGCUGAGGGCUGCUUCACUGUGUAUUUGGAUAUAAGAUGGCCAUGCUGUCUUUGCUGACAGUCUGGUCUCUGGACACUGUCCCAUGCUUCCUGUCAGACAGCUGCUCUCUAGCCUGUAUUCAGACUGACAGACUGAAUCAGCGGUAAACAAAGGUAAUGCAAUUAUAUGGAGGACAUGAUUCAGUCCACAAAUGUGCCAAUAACCCUUCCAACCUGCCAUCACUUCAAAAUACGAUGGAUAGCUAAGGAGGAUCACACAGGUGAAAGACUAUCACAUGCUUCUUCAAGAUGAAUCUCCUUAAGACUUUGAAACUGUAGCAAACCUUAGCUUUAACACCAACCAAUAAUAACUGCCCUUACUUUGAAGUAUUUUUAAUGCUAACUUUGAAUGCGAGUGGUGCUGGUGACUGGUGAGAAUCAGUGAACAAUCAGUGAGUCCUUUUGUUGAGGAACUAUGAAUCAAAUGUGUUCAAUUCUAAUCCCAUCUGUCAUAAGAGUGGCUAACAAAUGCCACUUGACAUGGUGUUUGUAACUGUUAAUGACCUGUGAACAGUUUGUCAGUGUCCACACUGUGCUGUGUUCACAGUGUGUGUAACAGGCC